UGUGUUUGUAUUAAGUGCAGUCUGCUAGGUUUGUUCCAUUGUACAAUGUAUACUAUCGGUAACAAAAAUCUGCAGGUGCUGGAGCGAAGUGGUACAUAUUUGAGUGCUUGCCCUUUUCAAGAGGCUUAUGAUACUUAUCUCUCUUUCAAUUUUUUUUUUAAUUUGGUGUUCUUAAAUUUAUUUGAAUGAAUUGAAAUCAAUUUGUUUUUUACUUUUAAAAUUCACCCUUUUCACCUCCAUAUAGCCUGUGGACAAAAGUAAUAUGCCUGAUGUGUUCUCUGAUUUUCCUCUGUGCUUGGCAAUUUGGAGAGAUUUCUAGUAUCAGUUGUCAUCUGUUAGAGUAAUUAUACUGGAGUUGCAUUGCUCACAGAAGCCUGGAAAAUUUCUCUGGUGUACAGUGUCAUAAGUUUUGCAGAGUUGCCAGUGGACAUUUUUGCUCAAUUUCUUGGUGUGCCUGUAAAACAGAUGAAAAUAUAAAAAAUUCUACACAGGUUUUUAUGCAGUAUUCCAUUCCAAAUGAGAUGGUGAUCAAAGAAUGCCAUUGAAAAGAUAAAAAACCUUGCAGCAACCUAACUGACCUCAAUCAUUAAGAUGACGAGAGAGGAGAAGUCACACCUGAGUGACUCUACACAGUAUUCUUACAUGCCUAAUGCCUCCAACGUAAACACACCAGACGAGAAGGUCUACUUAAGUCCCUUUAACAAUAUGGAGCCUGGGUCAGGCGAGACGGAGGAGGAAGCCUGUGGGUGGCUGGGGUGCCGCCACGCGGCCCUAAGGAGGUUCCGACACCCCACCUGGGUCUUGGUGUUUCUGUGCUGGGCUGGGGCUAUACAGGGAAUGGUGGUGAAUGGUUUUGUGAAUGUGGUGAUUUCUAACAUUGAGCGGCGGUACGACCUGACCAGUACGGAGACGGGAACCAUCGCCAGCUGCUACGACAUCGCCUCAGUCCUGUGUCUCAUCCCCGUCAGCUACUUUGGAGGCCUGGGAUGUAAACCUCGAUAUCUAGGUAUAGGUAUCCUGGUUAUGGGCCUAGGAUCUAUCGUCUUUGCACUACCUCAGUUUACUACAGGGCUGUACUCGUUUACGGGAGAUGACGUGACGUACUGUGAUAUCGGGGCCAAUGUCACGGCAUGUACCAGCAAGGACAGCCUCUCUAACUACAAAUAUGUCUUCUUCCUCGGGCAGCUACUACAUGGUGCAGGGGCAUCGCCCCUCUACACACUGGGAGUCACAUAUCUGGAUGAGAAUCUGCCUGUCAGAUCAUCCUCCAUGUAUAUAGGUAUUUAUUAUGCAUUUGCUAUCGUGGGACCAGCUAUUGGAUACCUCGCAGGGGGAGCAUUCCUUAACAUCUAUGUAGAUGUUGACACUGUGGACCAAGGCAGUAUAAAUCUGACCCCCAACAGUCCCCGGUGGGUGGGGGCGUGGUGGAUUGGUUUCCUACUUAGUGGGGUCCUGGCUUUCCUGGUGGCCUUCCCCAUGUGUGGAUUUCCCACCAAACUGCCAGGGUCAGAGAAUUAUAAGAAGGAGAGGGAGAAGGAGGUGUACCACAGGAAAGCAGAGUCCGCCCAUACUGAGUCUACCGACAGCCAGGCAGCCUGUAACAUCAAACACAUCUGGAAAUCUGUCAAGACGCUCAUCACUAAUCCUACCUUCAUGUUCCUCAACCUCGCAGCUGCCUGUGAAGGAAACUUGCUGGCAGGAUUUGCUACUUUUGCUCCAAAGUUUAUAGAAGCUCAGUUUAGUUUACUGGCCUCAGAUGCUGCUCAGUAUGUAGGUUAUGCGGCUAUACCAGCAGGAGGUGGGGGUACUUUUCUGGGAGGGUACCUGGUCAAGCGGUUUAACCUGGGAGUGCGGGGAAUUAUCCGAUUCUGUCUGGCCAUCAGUAUCCCAUGCUUCCUCUGUGUCCUCAUUUUCCUCGUCAAUUGUGAAAAUGUGCUGUUUGCGGGAGUCAAUAUUGACUACGGAGAAUUGGCCUCCAAUGGCACAAGGGAAUUCCUUGGAAAGUUCACCACCAGUGGCUGUAAUGCUAACUGUGGCUGUACCCUGGAGAAUUAUAACCCAGUGUGUGGGAUUGACGGAAUCAUGUAUUACUCCCCUUGUUACGCUGGCUGUAGUAACUCCAUCCCAGGAACAGACCCUGUGCAAUACGGGAACUGUAGCUGUGUGAACCACCACGCCGGCACCAUGCCCCCCUACAUGGCGGUGACCGGGAAGUGUGAGAGUGCCUGCUCCAUGUUACCUCUCUUCAUGGCCAUCUUCUUCCUCAUCAUGUUCUUCACCUUCGUCAUCAGCAUGCCUGCUCUGUCAGCCACUCUCAGGUGUGUUCCACAACACGAGAGUUCAUUUGCCUUAGGUAUACAAUGGAUAAUAGCUAGGUGUCUAGGUUCAAUUCCUGGUCCGAUACUAUUUGGGAAGUUGAUAGACCUAACAUGCCUGUUGUGGCAGAGGAAAUGUGACGACAAUGAGGGAUCAUGUUUCUUCUAUAACAACGAGAACAUGAGUACUAACUUGAUGGGGAUAGCCCUAGCAGGGAAAUUUCUGUCUAUCCUCUUCUUUUCUCUUUCUCUGUUCUUCUAUAAAGCACCGCCAUCUGAAAAGAAGAAAGAGGAGGAGGAGGACCAAUCAAAGAACUUAGAUUUGAAAGUAAACAGCAAAAUGAAUGGGAAUGCUGGGAUAGGAAAUACCCAGAGUUCCAAUACAUCUACAACGUCCAUAACUAACGGCACGACGCACGCCGACGUGAACAAAAAUGAUACAAAGACAGAAGGGAGAAGCACAACUAAGUUAUAGCGGUGCUUAUACAAUCUCAAAAAGCUGUAGCUGUGAUCUUAUUGCAUUUCAGAUAUUUAUUUUAAUUUCAUCAUGUGAUUCGGAAGAUGUUAUAUUGUGUUUGUUGAUGAGAACAGCAAAGACUUUUAAAAUUUGUUAUUAAGGUACAUACGCAGGUAGUUGAAAUAUUAGAAUUCUGAUGCUUUGACCAAAUUUCAAGGAAAAAAUCUCAAUCUGCUGCAAAAUAAGGGAUUUUUUGUUGCUCACAAGAACAGCACUUGAAGAGCAGUUUAUAAAUGCAAAAGUUUUUCUGUGGAUUGUCUGUCAGAGUGUUUUAAUAGGCUUUUGUUACUGGUAUUAAUUUUAUCCAGGUAUCAGUGUACUAGUCAGAAUUUCUAACUAAAUACGGAAGUCAGUCAUAGUCAGUUUAACUAACCCUCACUAGUCUCUAUUACUAUUGCUGUAAAAAUUGAACUUUAAGGCAAUAAGGAGCCAUUAAACGGGUCAUAUUAUUUUGGAUGAAAGAAUUUAGACAGUAACAUUGUAUUUCUUAUUAUGAACGGGAAAACAUUGGAGAAUUUCUGUGUAAUGCUCCAGCUGAAAUACAAGAAUUCACGACAAUGGUGAUUUUAUAUUAUUGUAAUAUGUGAUAUUUGCUCUUUUGUUCAUAUCAGUAUGCAAAGGAGUAUAUAUAAUUUUGAGAUUGGAGAAGGUCAUGUCACAAAUGUAUUUGUUUUAAUGAGUUGUGAAUUGUUCUUUCCAUGUUUCUUGUAAUUAAUUUUGUCUUGGUUUGGUCCACAUAGUGUCAAAUACUGUAACAAGCCUUAAAUAUUCAUAUUUUGCAAUUUUUUCAUUCCCCCUUGUAAUAUAAGGGUCAAAGAUCUCAUGCUAAAAUGAUCAAAGGGCAUAUACAAGAAAUGUGACGAUUACAAGAAGGAAAAAUAAAAUGUUGCUUUCAUAAACGAUGACUACUGGGUGCUACGGGAAUGACGUACUAACUACUUGCAUGUUAAAGGCAGCUAUAAAUUGUGUAUGUUUUCAGCACUCUCAGAAAUUAUGUAUAUUCCAACUUCCAAAAAUUUCAGCAUUUCAUGUUUUUUAUAAACAGAUUAAUUGUACAUGUAUAGGUUUAACCCCUGCUCUCUUUAGAAAGAGAUUAAAUUUUCAAUACUAUUCAUUCAUCUAGAGUCUCUGUGUUUUGCUGUUAUUAGUUUCAUGUAUUAACAAAGUAUAGAAUAUAUUUUCAUAGAUGUUUACAGUUUUGUUAAUCAUGUAGAUGAGAUUAUAACAUAUCUUGGAACCAAAGAUUUUUUAAUAUACAUUGAUCAUGUACACUUAUGGUGGUGUCUUCUGAAUGUUUUUAACAAACCAUAUGGUGCUAUGAAUAUAACAUAUCAGAUAUUUUCAUACUUAAGAGUUAUGCUGUCCUCAGUUACUGUGCAGAGUAAGUGUAUACAGGGAAUUUUUAGCCCGUUUUAUUUACCUCCCUUUGCUCUCAUCAAAUGUGAGUAAUUUUUAAAUUAGGUAAAUUCAAAAAGAGACAGGUACAAGUCAUUUCUUUUAUCACAUGCGAAAAAAAUGGUGCCCCCCCCC